GUAUUCUUCGAAUGGUAUGAUAUAAAAUGUACCACAAAUUAAUCUCACAUUUUCUCUCUUUAAACCAUUCUUCAUUAGAGCCCACCAUUGAUGCACCUUUCUGUAAAGCUUUCUCUGUUUAUAAACCGACAUUGAUGAGAAGGAUUCUGUAAUCUCUUGCAAUGAAACCCAAAACCCUUAAUUACCAUGGCUACCACUGCGACGGCGGUCAGAGUAGUGGCAGUAGUAGCUCUCCCAGUCCCCCUCAUUCGCCGCCGCGUUACGCUUCUAAGUGGCGGCGGAAGGUGCGUUCGAACCUCCAUUGGAAUCAGCCGCUAUGGGAACUCUUUGUCGGUGGCCUCUUCACUUUCAGGUUUAGCUGUACACAUAUGCUGCUUCUUCCUCUGCUUUAUGUCUCUGGUUUCAUCAUGUGUGUUGCCCCUUUCUCCUCCUUCGUUGCUCAGCCCCCUCCUCCCCCUGGUUGGGUAUAUAAUACCCAUCUAAUGUAUCACCGGCUGCACCGCCAUGUUCAUUCUCAUCAUUCCUCCCCAAUUCAGUUGUCAUCUGUUUGGAAAUACAGAAGGUUGAAGGAGAUGAAGCCAUGUUCGAAUUCAACCACUUCUCGACCGCGUUCAGAGUUGGGCGAUACUAAUACUUACUUAAUUGUUGAUGCUAAUGGUGGACUCAACCAGCAACGCUCUGCGAUCUGCAAUGCGGUAGCUGUAGCAGGGCUUCUAAAUGCCAUUCUAGUUGUUCCCCGCUUUGAGUUUCAUAAUGUCUGGAAGGAUUCAAGUAAGUUUGGUGAUAUUUAUGAUGAAGAUCAUUUCAUAGCAGCCCUCGACGGUCACGUUAAAGUCGUCAAAGAGCUACCGGAGACUUUAAUGCAAAGAUAUAACUACAACAUCUCGAACAUUCCUAACUUUCACGUGCAAGCUUGGUCUCGUGCGGAUUAUUACCGGGGAGAGGUUCUACCUGUUUUGCAAAGGGAAGGAGUCGUUCGAGUGUCGCCAUUUGCGAACAGAUUAGCCAUGAAUAUACCACCUGAAAUUCAAUUCUUAAGAUGCCUGACAAAUUAUGAAGCACUAAGGUUCUCUUCUUCCAUUAUGGCUCUUGCACGUAAACUAGUUAGCCGGAUGAUCGAAAAGAGUUCAAGGGAUGACGGGAAGUACGUUUCGGUCCACCUACGGUUCGAGGAGGACAUGGUAGCUUUCUCCUGUUGUGUAUAUGAUGGAGGUGAAGCUGAAAAAAUCGAAAUGGAUUCGAUCCGAGAAAAAGGAUGGAAGCAAAAGUUCAAACUCAAAGAGCAUCUCAUUUCCCCCGGUCUUAACCGAAUUAACGGAAAAUGCCCGUUAACCCCCUUGGAGGUUGGAAUGAUGUUGCGCGGUAUGGGGUUCGAUAAUAACACUUCGAUAUAUUUGGCUUCGGGUAAGUUGUACCGGGCAGAGAGAUACGUCGCUCCGCUACAUGAAAUGUUUCCUCUUUUGCAUACAAAGGAAUCGCUUGCAACACCAGAUGAGCUUGCUCCUUUCAUGGGAUAUUCUUCAAGAUUGGCUGCUCUGGAUUAUAUGGUAUGCUUGUUAAGCGAGGUCUUUGUAACCACUCAAGGAGGCAACUUCCCACACUUUCUAAUGGGGCACCGACGUUUUCUCAACGACGGGCACGACAAGACGAUCAAGCCCGAUAAACGAAAGCUUGCUAUUUUAAUGGAUGAUAGAAUCAAAUUAAGCUGGAAAGAAUUCAAGGAACAAAUGGGGGUAAUGCUUUCGGAGAGCGACCGAAAGGGGCUGAUGGUACCGAGAAUAAGACGAUUCAACCGAAAAACUUCUAUCUACACUUACCCUUUACCCGAAUGCAGAUGUCUUCAAAAAUCCCUUAACACCAACUCCACAGACAGUGAGUAUACACUCGAUCAGCUCCACGGAGCCACGAGAUAGCAACAUUGCUCGAAAUUUUGCUCGGUGUAGAUAUUCGUCGCCUUGGUAGCAUGGUUGAAGAUGCUAGUUCAUGAACUAUCCUUCAGCUUUGUUUCCAUUUAUUAGGUUCCCUUCAAUUAUGAACAUGGUUGUAGAAGAGCAGAGUUCUUUUGAAGGAGCUGAAAUGGGACAUUAUCAGCGACAUCUUAAUACAACCUAGGAAGCUGGAAAUGAUUAUUAUUGGUUCUUUUGGGGUUGUCUUUUUUUUUUUU